UUUUAGGUUAGGAGUAAAUAUUAAUAACCUUUCAGGCUUAUGAAUAAACUUUAAUAAUUAAAUUGGCAAUAAUAAUUUAUAAAAGUAUUGUCAUGCGUUAAAAACCACGAAUUCGGCCCCAAAAUGUUGUGGAGAUUAGCCCUGCACCCUCGGCUCACUGGCCCUCAACUUCUAAAAGGAUCAAACUCCUUCGUAAACCCAUUGAAAUUUCUUAAAAACUACCCUGAACAUGUUAUCAGAACUUAUCCCACAAAGUGCGCAAGAGCCAACUACUCUAAGCCUCUAUUGAAACUGCAUGUAAUUCUCGCAGGGUGUGGAGCAUUAACCCUAAAAUUAUCCAUAGAUAAAAAUGUGGCCCUUUGUGGUGGACAAAACUCUCGCUUAGUUGGAUAUAGGAGCACCAACACUAAAAAUUUGCACUUUGAUUGGAGGAAGUUCUGGGAGUAUUUGAAACCACACAUAUGGAGCUUCUUGGUGGCAAUUAUGGGAGCUUUAGCUGUUGCCCUUCUCAACAUCCAAAUACCCCAAAUAAUGGGUGAAGUUAUCAAUGUCUUAGCUCGGUUCAGUAAUGAACAUGAUAGCAAAUUGUUUAUAAAUGAAAUGAGACUGCCUGCAAUGAAAUUAAUUGCCAUGUAUAUUGGACAAAGCUUUUUCACUUUCUUUUACAUAUCAAUGUUAUCAAAUUUGGGCGAGAAAAUUGCUUUUAAGAUGAAAACUGACCUAUUUGCUUCGAUUUUAAAGCAGGAUAUUGCAUUUUUUGACGCUCAAAGAACUGGAGAAAUUGUUACAAGACUUACAGCAGACAUUCAAGAUUUUAAAAGCAGCUUCAAACAAACCAUCUCUGGGGGCCUAAGGGCUGCCACACAAAUUAUAGGCUGUACAGUAUCAUUGUUCAUUAUUUCCCCAUAUAUGACUUUGAUUUCUUUAUUGUGUAUUCCUUCGGUUAUUGGAAUUGGAACUGUGUUCGGUUCGAUAUUGAGAGUGACCUCACGAAAGGCCCAAGCUCAGGUGGAAAAAACGACCGCAGUGGCUGACGAAGCAAUAAGCAACAUAAGAACAGUCAGAGCAUUCGCAAUGGAAGAACAGGAAAGAAGCAUGUUCGUCAAAGAAGCCGAAAAAGCCAUGAAUCUAAACGAAACCCUCGGAUUUGGCAUUGGGGUAUUCCAAGCGGGCACAAACCUAUUUCUAAACGGGACGGUUUUAAUGACCUUAUAUAUGGGCGGUUAUUUGCUCUCUACUAACCAACUGUCCGCCGGAGAGGUUAUGUCCUUCCUAAUGGCUUCGCAGACCAUCCAAAGAUCGUUGGCUCAAGUUUCACUACUGUUUGGUAGCGUUAUUAAGGGAUUAGCUGCUGGUGGAAGGGUUUUUGAGUAUAUUAAUAUGGAGCCUACAAUGAGGCUCACUGGAGGGAAAAUCUUGCCUUCGCACCUGUUAAAAGGAAAUAUUGAGUUUAGGAACGUCACUUUUGCUUAUCCAACCAGGAAACAGCAAGUCAUACUGGAAAACUUUAAUUUGUCAGUGGAAGCUGGAAAAACGAUAGCGAUCGUCGGUGCGUCCGGAAACGGGAAAUCUACCAUAGUGGCCCUCCUGGAAAGGUUUUAUGAUGUGGACAAAGGAACGGUGUUAGUAGAUGGGCAUGAUAUUCGUACCUUGGAUCCUUCGUGGUUCAGAAGGAAAGUUCUCGGGUUAAUUAGUCAGGAACCGGUGCUGUUUGGAACCAGUAUUAUGGAGAAUAUCAGAUAUGGUAAACCGGAAGCUACUGAUGAAGAGGUGAUGAAAGCGGCAAAACUAGCAAACGCAGACGAUUUCAUUUCGAGUUUCCCUAAAGGUUAUCGCACUAUGGUGGGCGAAAGGGGCGCCACCCUAUCCGGCGGUCAGAAGCAAAGAAUCGCUAUUGCCAGGGCACUCCUGAAAGACCCCAAAAUCUUAUUGUUGGAUGAAGCUACCAGCGCUCUCGAUGCGGAAUCGGAAAAAAUCGUGCAAGCGGCCCUGGAUAAUGCCAGAAAAGGACGUACUGUGAUCGUGAUAGCGCACAGGCUCUCUACCGUAAGAAAUGCCGAUCUUAUUUUGGUUUUAGACGAGGGCAAAAUUGUCGAGAUGGGUACGCAUGCACAACUUCAAAAGCUGAAAGGUUAUUAUUGGGCGUUAACGUUCCAGCAGCACCACCAACAUCCAGAAGCUGCGUAAACCUUGUUGUUAUUAUUGUUGGUUUAAUUAAAUGUUGUUGUUGUUGUCAGA